AUGCCCUGUUCAGCUCUGCCUCCACAUCCAACCUGUAGUAUGCGGCGAUCUCUCCUCGGAGGCAGUGCGAACUCUCCCAGCGAAAGCGCGUCGGCCCGCUCACCCGCCGCCGAACACCCGAACAGCCCGUGCCGCCCCAACCCAGCGCCCGCCAUGGAAGAAACCGAAGUGGUCGGGCUUUCCAAACUGAAGGAAACCGUCGCCCCAUCCGACUCGGAUAAGACCCCCGACACCCGCUACGCCCUCGACUACUACCCCUUCGCCGUGGUUUUCCGCCUGCGAGUCCUCCAGAUCGUUUGCGGCAUCUCGUUCUUGGUAAUCGGAACCGUGGCUUUCAUCGAGGAGAAGGGACGGAUGAACCUGGGACUGGGGAUUCCCGCAGGAGGAGCCACGAUUCUCGCCGCAGCCGCCAGCAUCCACACCACCAAGGGCUUCGGCGGCUACCGCACCUCCACCUGCAUGCCCGGCUCCCACCUCCGCUUCCUCGGUCCCUCGGUCAAGAUCGCCGUCCCCUUGACCAUCCUCUGGGCCACCGCCUGCUCCUUCCUCGCCAUCCUCAUCCUGCAGUCCACCAAGGUGCUCAGUUGCUACCGCAACAACAUCUGCGUCAGCGAGGUCAACCCCUACGACGACAAGAACGACCUCCUGGUGCUGGCGGCGGCAGAGCUGCUGCUCGCCGUCAUCACCUUCCUCGCCGUCUUCCUGCUGCUGAGGAUCGACUGCAAGUACGACCCCGACUGAUCGGCGCCGCCCCCCGACCCCCAGGGGACCGGUGUGGGGGUCAGCGUCAUCGGGGGGAUCGGGGCGUUCUCGAUGCCGGCCACUACGACUACUACUUGUGAUAGGGUUGGGAGGAUAGCGUGGGUGGUGUAGGAGUUGAGGAGACUGAUAAUAGCGGUGUUACCGCACCUGUUAGGAUAUGUUGUGUCGUAUAUGUGUCUGCUGAAGCAGAUUUAAUUAUUAAGCAAAAUUAUCGUAUUUAUGCAACUACAAAUUUUAUGUUUGUUGUCGUUGACUGUUGGAUAUAUAUUUUGGUGUUUUGGAGUGGUAAAUGAUUUGUUCUUAAUUGGUUCGUAGUUAGCUUUAUUUAAAUGUACACAGUGUUGUCUAAGUAUAUAUGGACCACUCGAACCUCUAAAUUUGACUAUUUUAACCCACACGUGUUAGAAAAUUUUACGUUUUUUUUUUAAGUUUCAUUAUCCUAUAAAUAUCAAAGAUAAUAUUUUUAUACUCUUGUACGUUUCUUCUUUACUUUAGUAUUAAUUGUGCACAUUUUAAUUGUUCG